GAAUGGAAUGUACCACAGGACAUUAAGUGGUUAGUGAGAACACCACAGAGCUCAGAGUAUACAACAUCAAGAGUAUCAACUAGCUUAUACUAGCAAGCUAUACAAGAUGAGUAACGAGGAGGCUUCCAUUGAAACAAGAGCAUCAAAGUCUGGCAUCAAUGCUGACCAAGCCUUGAAGCGAGAUGCUCAUUACAACAAGGAAGACGAAGCUAAAGCGAGGUUCUGGAUGGAGGCAGUGACUGGGGAGCCCAUUGAGGGAGACUUCUUUGAGUUCCUGCGAGAUGGCUCCUACUUGUGUAAACUACUCAACAGGUUACAGUCUGGUCUAGUAGCCAUCAAGUUCGAGACUCCUACAACACAAAAGUUUAAAGCACUUGAUGCUAUUCAGAAGUUCCUGGAUGGUUGCAGAGAGUAUGGCAUGAAACAAGAUGACCUGUUUACAACGCUAGACCUAUUUGAGGAAACAGAUAGGAACAUGGUAUUGUCUGGGAUUAUAGCCUUGGGCCGUACUGCUCGGAAGAAUGAUUUCGAUGGUCCCAUCCUCGGCCCCAAGGAGGCUGAGAGAAAUGAGAGGGACUUCUCGUCUGAGGUGAUUCAAGAGGGGAACAGAGUGACCAGUCUGCAGUACGGGUCCAACAAGGGAGCCUCCAGUGCUGGAAUGACACCCUACGGUCUCAACAGGCAGGUCUACGACCCAGCUGUGUAAUCAUGUGACUGUGAACUUACUGUGAAACCAAUCAUGCAUGCUUUCUUUAUAUUAAACAUCGUAAUUUAAAACACAA